AUGUCCAGCAAAACCACCAUAAGGAGCCAGGGCAGCGGUCAUGGUGGCUUCAGUGCCAGUUCAGCCAGAGUUCCUGGGCUCAGCCAUUCUGGCUUCAGUAGUGGCUCCAUAUGCCAGGCCAGAGGCAAUGGCAGCAUGCAGACAGCAUGUGGAGGAGCUGGCUUUGGCAGCAAGAACCUCUACAGCCUUGCGGAUACCAAUAGGGUCUCCACUGGAGGUGGCAGCUGUGCCACUGGAGGCAGACAUGGAAGCAGAGCUGGAGGUGAUUUUGCAGGUGGAAUCAACUGUGGACUCGGUUUUGGUGGUGGGGCCGGUGGCAGUUUGCUUGGUAUUGGGGCUGGGUGUGGUGGUGGCUGUGAGGGCUGUGGCUUCCCUGUGUGCCCCUCUUCAGGCAUCCAAGAGGUCACAGUCAACCAGAGUCUCCUCACUCCUUUGAACCUGGAAAUCGACCCCACCCUCCAGCAGGUGAGGACGGAGGAGCGUGAGCAGAUCAAGACCCUCAACAACAAGUUCGCCUCCUUCAUCGACAAGGUGCGGUUCUUGGAGCAACAGAACAAGGUCCUGGACACCAAGUGGACCCUGCUCCAGGAGCAGGGCACCAAGACAGUCAGGCAGAGCCUGGAGCCUCUGUUUGAGCAGUACAUCAACACCCUCAGGAGGCAGCUGGACAUCGUCCUUGGAGAGAGAGGCCGCCUGGACUCAGAGCUCAAAGGCAUGCAGGACACAGUUAAAGACUUGAAGGACAAAUAUGAAGGUGAAGUCAACAGACACACAGCAACUGAAAAUGAAUUUGUGACCAUGAAGAAGAAUGUGGAUGCUACCCACAUGAAUGAGGUUGAACUGCAAUACAAGGCCAAUGGUCUUAAAGAUGAGGUCCGCUUCCUGACAUCCAUCUUUGAUGCAGAACUGUCUCAAAUGCAAGCCCACAUCUCAGACACUUCCGUGGUUCUGUCUAUGGACAACAACCGUAACCUGGAUCUGAGCAGCAUCAUUGCGGAAGUCAAAGCCCAAUAUGAGGAGAUCGCUCAGAGAAGCCGGGCUGAGGCUGAGUCCUGGUACCAGACCAAGUAUGAGGAACUACGGGUCAUAGCAGGCAGCCACAGUGACAACCUGCGCAACACCAAGCAAGAGAUUGCUGAUGUUAACCACAUGAUCCAGAGGAUGAGAUCUGAAAUUGACCAGGCCAAGAAGCAGAGCUCCAAUCUACAGUCUGCCAUCACUGAUGCCUAGCAGCGUGGGGAGCUGGCUCUCAAGGAUGCCAGGCAAAAGCUGGAAGGGCUGGAGCAUGCCCUGCAGAAGGCCAAGCAGCACAGGGCCAAGCUGCUGAUGGAGUACCAUGAUCUCUUGAACAUUAAGUUAGCCCUGGAUGUGGAGAUCGCUACCUACAGAAUGCUGCUGGAAGGGGAGGAGUGCAGGCUGAAUGGUGAAGGCCCUGGACCAGUUGACGUCUCUAUGGUGCAGUCCACUGUCUCCAGAGGCUAUGGCAGUGCCGGUGGUGCAGGCAGUGGCAUAGGCCUGGGCAGGGGCAGCAGCUCUGGAGGAGAUGGCUUCAGUGCCAGCGCAGGCAUCGGUGUUGGGGAAGGCCUCAGCUCCGCCAGGGGCAGCACUUCUACCAUCAAGUACACCAGCUCCUCUCCCAGCAGAAAGAACUACAAACACUGA